AUGCACUUCCAACAUAGAAAACAGACUCUAAUCCAGAAAUAUACAGAAAUAAGACAACACAAUCAUCAGCUAGCGAAGAAAAAGAUGAUUGACUCAUUUCUCAACAGAAAACCGACACAUAUCAAAAUGGAUAAACUGCUUCUGAAAGAUCCAGAGGAAGAUGCAGUCACAGACCCAAAUAUAAUUAAAAACAUGGCAGUGAAUCAUUACAAACAAAUCGUAGCCCCAACACCACAAAAACAAAAAAUGGAAGAGUCAAAGUGGAGAACAGAGUAUGCACCAAAACCACAGAUAAAUCCGGCAUG